AUGGCCGCCCCUCCUCCCCCAGGUGUCUACGUCCCCGUCCCAACCUUCUUCGUCUCCAAGAAGGCCGCCAACUACAAUCCCGUCGCUGCACCCCUCGACCUCGCCACGCAGGGCGCGCACUCUCUGCACCUCGCAAGAUCCGGGAUCCAAGGCCUAGUAGUCCUUGGGAGCACCGGCGAAGCCGUGCAUCUGACCAACCAGGAGCGCUUCGAGCUUCUCUCGCACGUCAAGAAGGAGCUUGACAGCGCCGGGUUCAAGGACUACCCGUUGAUCGCGGGCACCGCAUCUCAGAAUAUCGCCGAGGUCGUCGAGCAGCUGAAGAGUGCGAAGGAGGCUGGUUGUCAAUGGGGACUUUGUCUCGUGCCGGGUUAUUUCGCUGGGGCCAGCACGCAGGAGGGGAUUAUUGCUUGGUUCACAGCUGUGGCUGACCAGAGCCCUAUUCCCAUUAUGAUAUACCACUACCCGGGCGUCUCGAACAACGUCAAGAUGAUCCCCUCCAGCUUCGCCGCUUUAUCCCAACACCCCAACAUCGUCGGCUGCAAGCUCUCGCACGGCGACAUCUCAUACCACGCGCAAAUCGCAUCCAAUCCGGACAUCAACCAUUCUCAAUUCCACACCUACACAGGUCUAGGCCAGCAACUUCUCCCCGCCAUCUCCGUCGGGUGCUCGGGCACGAUCGACGGAUCCGCAGGCUUCUUCCCGAAAUCCCUAGUACACUUGUACCAGCUCUCCCUCAAGAACAACGCCAGCGACGCAGAGGUCCAGGAGCGCCGCCUGCUGCAGUAUAAGGUGAGCAAGGUCGAAGAACUAGUCGUCCGCUUUGGAACCGUGGGGAUUAAGGAGGCUGUGAGUCGUGUCUUGGGCUUGGGCGAUAGGGAUGGGACGAGGCUUCCCCUGAGUGGUGGCUUGCCCGGUGGCGAUCUGGAGUGGGAGAAUUGGAAAGAUGCGGUUGGGGAGCUGGAGGGCGUGGAGAAGAGUUUGUGA